AUAAAAUAAAAAUAAUAUAGGUUAUGUUGUGAUAUUGGAUGUUUAUUUUACAAUGCCUAUUUUGUGAUAAAAAUGUUUUGUUGAAUGAUCAAAAUUUAUUUAAUAGCAAUUAACAAUGUUCAGGAGUCGUAGUUGGUUUGGAGGAGUAUGGAAACCCAAAAAUCCACAUUCCUUGGAGCACUUGAAGUAUCUAUACAAUGUGCUGUCCAAAAAUCAAACUGUGUCAGAAAACAAUAGAGGUCUUCUUGUUGAAACUCUGCGAUCUAUAGCUGAGAUUCUGAUCUGGGGCGAUCAAAAUGAUAGCAGUGUUUUUGACUUUUUCCUUGAGAAGAACAUGUUAUCGUUCUUUUUGAAAAUUCUGAAGCAGAAAUGUGGAAGUUAUGUUUGUGUUCAACUUUUACAGACAUUAAAUAUUUUGUUCGAGAAUAUAAGAAAAGAGACAUCUUUAUAUUAUCUACUAAGCAAUAAUCAUGUAAAUCUCAUAAUUGUACAUAAGUUCGACUUCUCGGAUGAAGAAGUGAUGGCAUAUUACAUAUCAUUUCUCAAAACAUUGUCUCUGAAGCUCAACGCUCACACUGUGCAUUUCUUCUAUAAUGAGCACACAAACGACUUCCCGCUGUACACGGAGGCGAUCAAGUUCUUCAAGCACCCGGAGUCGAUGGUGCGAAUAGCAGUGCGCACUCUCACUCUGAACGUGUACAAGGUGGAGGACAAGUCGAUGCUGCGCUUCAUCCGCAACCGAACCGCCGCACCCUACUUCUCCAACCUGGUCUGGUUCAUAGGCAACCAUGUGCUCGAGUUGGAUGCCUGUGUGCGCAACGAUGCCCAUAGCCACCUGAGCCAGAACCGGUUGGCAGACCUGGUGGCCGAACACCUGGACCACCUGCACUACCUCAAUGACAUCCUCAGCCUCAACAUAGACGACCUCAACGAUGUCCUCAUCGACCACCUCCUCAACAAGCUACUCAUUCCGCUCUAUGUCUUCUCGCUACUGCCCAAUCUGUCCGAGGAGAAUACGCCGAGAGUGAGCAGUGUGGUUUCAUUGUUUCUACUGUCGCAAGUGUUCCUCAUCACUGCCCAGCAUCCACUCAUCAACGUGCUUGCUGAAAUCAUCCUCAGGGGCACAGCCGAUGUGUUCACCGCUACUGACUGGACUCAGAGAAACUCUCAGGGUGCAGCAUGCCUGAAACCUGGUUUUGUAGCUCCCACUGAAUCACUAGAGGAAUCACUAGACGAACAAUCAGAUGGUACACCAAAUGGCUUCACUGAUAAAGUUGUGGUUCAGGAAAUUCCAAAAUUACAGCCCAAUCUAAAUAUAACUGACGAAGAAAAGGAACAGAGAUUGGCCCAAGAAGUGGUUCCGGUGUUCUUCGAGGCAAUCACCUCCUACCUGGUGUGCCUGGAGAACGACUACUCGGCGCUGUUCGUGUUGUGUCUGCUGCAUGCCAUCUCGCACAACACGGGUGUCGACAGGGAGCUGCUGGACACUGUGUUGCUUCCGUCUGCUGCCCCCGUAUCAGAGGAGCUUCCUGCCGAUAAGCCGCGCUACAACACGUGGCUCGUCGAGAAGCUCAUCGAUAUAAUCACGCUCAGCUGUCAGCCAGGUUGUGGAGUUCGGCUGGUGACUCUGGAGCUGACGAUAUCGCUGCUGUUGCGUUUGGCUGUGAAGGAUGGAGUGAGCAUCCUACAAGACUGCCAUCUUGCGGCCGUGGUUGGAGCCAAGGAGGAGAGCACCUCAUUGCUCAGAAAUUUCUAUAAGAGUGAGGACAUAUUCUUGGACAUGUUUGAGGAUGAGUACGAGGAGAUGAAAAAGAAGCCGCUGAACGUGGAGUGGCUGAUGAUGGACUCGAAUGUGCUCCUGCCCCCCACAGGCACACCCAUGACAGGCAUCGAGUUCACCCGCCGGCUGCCUUGUGGAGAGGUGGAGCGCGCACGUCGCGCGAUACGUGUGUUCCUGCUGGUGCGCGAUUUGAGCGUGCGUCUGUCGGGCGACACACGCGACACCCAACUUCCGCUCACUGACCGCGCCGCCUGCAUUCAGGUGGACAAUGUGUUGGACCUGAACAACAGUGACCUGAUCGCGUGCACAGUGAUCAACCAGCAGGGCACCAAGAUGCGGCGCUUCCUCGCCAUGGACAGCUCACAGCUCAUCCUCGUCGAGCCCGACCUGCGUCGCCUCGGCUGGGGCGUCGCCAAGAUGGCCGGCUUCUUACAGGACAUGGAGGUUCAAGGUGACAAGGAUGACUCUCGUUGCUUGCACAUAACAAUUCAUCACACGACUACCGGCCCACUCAUUGCUGCUAAAUUCGUAUUUGAUGAUCACAUCAGAUGUUUGGCUGCGAAACAGAGGUUAACUAAGGGUCGAACGAAAGCUAGGCAGAAAAAAAUGGCGCAAAUCGCCCGUCUUCUAGAAAUUCCCAGCAGUGUUGCUCAAUCCACUCCUUCACCUCCCGCCUACAACCUUCUCGCUCUUCGCCAAUCGAUUCAUCAAUACAGAAGCACGUCUGGCAGACCACUUCUGAAUCAGCGACCUCCUGGUCUAUCACCCGUCCUCAAAGUACCAUCCAGUCCAAAAUUAAGAGAACGUGAAAGAGAAAAGGAGAGAGAAAAAGAGAGAGAAAGGAGAGACAGUGGGUCGGGCAGCAUAGAAGGCAAGUCGAGAGAAGGCUCUCCGAAAUUACCGAGACCUCGCAGUGAAGAGAUUCCUUUGAAGACAUGUUGAAGAAGAGAGACAGUAUACCGACAGUGCCAGUUGUGCCAGAAACAGCUUCCAGCUCUAGUGCUGGUGUAGUGGCAGCAGUGACAAGCAGCAGUGUGACAGAGAGGGAGAGCGGCGUCGGUGCUGUGUCGGCGCCCAGCGUCGAGACGUCCUUCGGUGCCGUGUCGGCGCCUAGCGUCGAGACAUCCUUCAGUAAGCCGCCGCUGCAAGACAAGGACAGAGAAAAACGCCCGCCCUCAGCCAAAGGCAAGGUGGAGACUGUCUGAGGAAGGGCCAAGUCACGGCAUUCACGACCACAUCAAUGAAUUCCAUCCCGUCAGCAUUAAUUCGCCCAUCAAUGGUCAGCACUGAUUCGCCCAUCAAUGGCAUUGGCAUGGCAGGGUAACCCUACACUGUUUGAAGGUUGUGAAUCUUAAUUAUUUAGUACCUGCAACUGUUAAUAAACUUUGUUGAAACUUGAUUGUUUUAUAGAACAUUUCACUGAAAUCAGGGGUUAAGUUGGUAAUGGUCAGUUUGCAUUAUGCAAUAUCUAUAAUAAUAUUCCAAUGUUUAAUCUGGUGCUUCUAUGUAGGUAGUGGAUAGUGGUAAUACGAAUUUUACCUGGCAGUUGAACUCUUAUAAUUUACUGUAAAAUAGAUUUUAUGUGUUGGUUGCACAAAAGCCGGUUAAAUUUUAAUAGUGAUUAAUUCCAUGAGAACCAAUCAGAAAAGCCUUCUUAUCAAAAAGGCCUUCUCUAAUGGUUUUCAUUGAAUUAAUCACGAAUAAACUUUAACCGGCUUUUGUGAAACCGGGCCUAUGAUUUUCUUUAAUUCUUAGUUAUGUAUAAUGUUCAAUCAUUAUUAAUGAUAAUGGAUAUAAAACAAUGUAACCAAUGUUACAAACAAACUUCCAACUAGCUUCGUAAAUAAAGAAUAAUGAUGAAAUAUCAUAGACGUUUUUCAAACUUCAAUUUUUAUAGAAUUUAUUAGUUAUUAUUAAAAACUCGUUUCGUUGAUAUUCAUUAAUAUUCACAUUGAGAAUGGGUUUUUAAUGGUUGAUAUGUAAAUUCAAUCUAGUAAGGAACUAUUUGUUUCAUCUUGAGUUAUCGUGAACUCAUGGAUUUGGAUUGUUAGGAAAUUAAUUAUCAUUAUUAACCAAUCGUUCCAUCAGUAUUAAUGUGAUUAAGAUGAAUCUUAUCAAUAAAUAAGAUGAAUCAAUCAAUAGAACUUAUUGAAGCUCCUCGUUUACGACAAAUGAAAGAUACUCUAUUUAGAAACUAAGGUAACUCAAAAAUAACUGAUUAAUUUUGUUUGGUGUGGAGUACUUCUCGAUAUUAUAAACAGAUUGAAAUCUACUAAAUUUUAAAUGCAGGUCUACGUUAUGAGUAACUUAUUUCACGUCUAAUAUCACAUUUCCAUAAAAAGUAAUUUCAACUUAUGAAAUGGAAGGAUAAAGUGGUGGUUUUUAAACAAAGAGCACUAGUUUGUGUAAUCAUCUAUUACUGAUGAUGGUUUCUUGAUCCAUUCCGAGCUGCGAUGUAUUAACACUCUUUUUUCUAUCUAUUCCACUCGACAUGCAGUCAAAGAAUUUUGACUGCAUGUCGUGUGAAAUAUGUUUUUCUUUACACUUUACUUUUAAUUCUUUUACACUUUACGUUUUACUUUUAGUGUGAAUACACUUUUCUUUAUGCAUGUCGUGUGAAAUACAUGAAUAAAAGUGUGCAUCUAUUACUCUUUGAAACCUUUUGCAAUAUGUUACUUCAGGAAAAUAGUUACUCUUGUUUAAUUAAUAGUCUUAAAAUUCAAAAUAAUAUAAUAUUAGACAAUAGAGAUAUUGUGAACAAAUAAAUUUAACUCAAUUUUUUCUAUAGACUAGGCUGCAGCUCAAUAUUAACAAUGAGGAUAGUUCUUUCUCAUUUGCAUAAUUGAAAAAUAAUAAUAUUCAUUUAAUUUUUCAAGUGGUGAUGGUUAAACAAUGACUCUAUCCUAAGGCUUUAGUCAUCUACAUACGACCAAAAUAUAAUUAUGUAAUAUUUAGCCUAUGGUAUUUUCCUGCACGUCUCAUUUUCAUUUCGAUUCAAAUAUUGAGCAGUGCAAAUUGUACAAUGUGCAAACUGCAUUCGUUUAUGGCAGCACCUCCUAUACACUACAUAUAGGAAGUCCUGUUUAUGGCUAUUAUAUAGUUUCAGUUGUUAUUGUUCUCUUUAAGGUACAAUUCAGAACCUGUUUCAGAAUCAAUUUAAUUCGAGUGAUGAAAGAAUAACAACCUCAUCUUAAUUUCAAAUCUUUCAAAAUAUCUAGUAAAAAAAUAUAAUUUGAUAACUACCUUCUAUAGUGAGGUCCACGUUAUUGGCAGUGAUUAAUUAGCAAUGGUAUGCUAUCCUUGUCUAUCAUUCAACAAAGCGGAUAGCGCUAUCUCUUUCUUGCUUUGCUCUGUUGCCAGAUCGUCUUUUAACAUUGUAGAAUUGAUAAUAAUUAAUUAACAAAAUAUUUCAUCUCAAUUAUGAAAUAGUUGAAAAAUUUCUUGCUUAAUAAAAUAUAAUUGAUUAUUUUAAACGAGAAUGAACAGUUAAUAUAACAUCAAUAAACCUGUAUCAUCUACCUUCUAUAGAAGGCAUUAACAAGACAGAGGAUCGGCAACGUUGUUCUCCUAUCUUUCUCCACUGCCAUUAGAACGUGGACCUCACUUUAUAUUUCUUUAUUAUAUUGAGUGUCUGAGAAGCAUUUUACAUUUCACAUGUGUAUUUGAUACUAGUACAUGCUACAAAUUUGGUCAUUAUAUAAUGCUAUAAUUGUCAUGAUUCUGUGAUAAUCUAAAUUUUGCUAUAAAAAUAGAAACUGCAUUGUUUUAGGUGAGUAGUAUUGUAGUUAUCAAUUUUAUUAUGCUUCAUGUACAUAAUAUGAUAGUUAUAAAUGUUAUUUCUACUGAAAAUAGUGUAUUGUUUUGUGAAUAGUAUGAGUUGAAUGUAAAGCAUAUUCAAAGUUUAUUAUGUUGAAUCGCAUUAGAAUAUAAUAUAAAUCCAAUGUUUUCAUAAUAAAAAUUUGUAGUUAUUUUAA